UGUAGGAUGACCACGGAUCGACGGACUUUGUCGGAUAGAGACGCGACGCCAUACCUCUUGGACUCUUCUUUUUGGGUUGUAUCGGACGGAUCCGAGCACGCCUCCAACCCGUUGUACACAUGUACCACCACAAAAUGCAUGCCGGGCAUGUCUCCAUGCGAUCAUCGCAGCUGCAACUCGCCUCCGACUCAAUUGCAUUCGGCCCUUUUGCGCGAUAUGAUCAUACCAAACAAAGUCUUAGGCUGCUCAACUUGGCCGCCAAGAAAGUUGCCGAGUUUGAGUUUUCCCCGACCUAUAGUGUGCGAUUUGGGAGCUGCGAUAUGCUGGGCACGAUGUCAUCAGCCACCUGCUACGCCAAGCCGCAAAGUAUCGGUCCGCAGCCGGCCGCCACCACAGGAAUCUCGGCUUCUGGAACGGGCCUCCUUUGCCAGUCACCUCGGCGGACGGUAGGGCACCAUCCGCAGUGGGCACGAUGUCAUCGACCGCCGCGUCCUCCUGCCCAUCAGCUACCCUUCGGCAAUCCCCAGAUGAUCCGGGAAUGCCGUUCCGCCAUUGGAUCGGAAGGCAUGCUGAUGGACGACGCCGGUCUCGACCUCGCCCCUCAGUCGCAGGUGGGCUAGCGGUCCGUCUUGCGUCAUCAGCCACUCGGCGAUAAACUCUGGG